GAGCCACUAGCAGAAACUAGAAAGGUCGAGUGAAAAGAAAGCAGCAGCAGAGAGAGAGAGAGAGAGAGCCCGCCAAAGAAAACUCUGAAAACACACUGCCCUGCUCCGUCACCUCAUCUAUCUCUCCUUUUAGCUUCCAAGAUGAGUACCAUGAAAUUUUGCCGCGAAUGUAACAACAUUCUGUACCCGAAGGAAGAUAAGGAUCAGAAAAUCCUUCUCUACGCUUGCCGCAAUUGCGAUCACCAGGAGGUUGCUGAUAACAACUGUGUCUAUAGAAAUGAGAUACAUCACUCUGUUGGAGAGCGCACUCAGGUUUUACAAGAUGUCACUGCAGAUCCAACUCUUCCUCGCACUAAAUCUGUUCGUUGUACUCAAUGCAACCAUGGAGAAGCUGUCUUCUUCCAGGCAACUGCUAGAGGGGAGGAGGGCAUGACGCUCUUUUUUGUCUGCUGCAAUCCAAAUUGUGGCCAUCGGUGGAGAGAUUGAGAAUCUAAGUUUUGAUGCAAUGUUACAUGCUGAUCUUCACUACCAUGGAAAUAGUAGUAGUUUUAUGUGAUGAUAGCAUGUCAUAUGAAAUUUGGAAGGCUUUUAUUACUGAUCCAUGGACCUUCAUGUUAAGGGAUUUUGUAAAAUUUAUUUUAGGAGUUGGCAUUUGCUUGACAAACAACUGAGUACCUUUUGGAUUGUGGUCGAAAAGCCAGAGCAUUAGCAGUCUAAUUGCACAAUUUUUCACUGUUUAGAGUUUGGUAACACAAAUUUGUCAGAGCAGGGAGUGAGUCUUGAAAAACUGUAACCUUAACUUAGUUUGCGUAACACAAUUUCUGCUCUGAUGGUUUUGAUUUAAGUGUAAUUAAUUUUCAGUAUA